GUGCACAUAGGCACAGUACAUGAUCAGAGAAAAAAAGGAUCGUAUCAAACUCUUCGAGUGUGAGAUUUGCCACAAAUCAUUUGGAUACCGUAGUACACUCAAACGUCACGUCAAUGAAGUACAUGAUCGUAGUAAACUAUUUGAAUGUGACAUUUGUCAGAAAUCAUUUGGACAAAAAAAUACUCUUAAAACUCACAUUGAUACCGUACAUAAUCGAAGCAAACCCUUUGAAUGUGACAUUUGUCACAAAUCAUUUGGUCAAAAAAGUACUCUCAAAUCUCACGUAAAUGCAGUACAUAAUCGGAGCAAACCCUUUGAAUGCAAUAUUUGCUACAAAUCAUUCGGAGAAAAUGGUACCCUCAAAAAACACUUAAAUAUAGUACAUGCUGUCAAAAAACCCUUCGAGUGUGACAUUUGUCAAAAAUCAUUUGGAUAUAAAGAUAACCUCAAAACUCACGUAAUGAAGGUACAUGAUGUUAACAUACCGUAAGAGAUUGAGAUU